AUGCUUCAAUGUGGCGUUCUCAGACGCAUUUGCCUAUUAAUCAACGAACAUUGUAAUCUUGAUUUACCUCCUCCAUCUAGCCCAAUUUUUGAUUCUUCUAAACAACAUCAACGUCACAGUGUUGACGUUUCUGGGAUUGAAAAUAAUUUAAAUUUAAUAGACAAAAAUCAACAAAAAGUAAAAACUGAAGAAAUUGAAGAAGAAAGGGAAAGUCGGAAAAAAUUUAUUAUUGGGGGUAAUAAAGCUGGAAAGACGGGAAGUCGUAGGAGUAGCACGCAACAGGCAAAAGGUGCAUUAAAAGAUGUUAAGCAACCACCCAGAAAAAGGCCAGGGAGCGCAGAACCAAAUAAACUUAGAGGUAUUGGGUAUGGAAGAGGAUCUACAAAAUCAAAGUGGAACAUGGAAAGAACAGUUGAAGAACGUGCAAUACAAGAAGAACAUUUAAUUUGGCUGUUAUCAGCUCUAAUUGCCUAUUUGUGGGGGGACCGUCUUUUGGAACGUGUUUGUGACUGGGAAAUGUCCCUAGGUUAUAAGGGAGGUGAACGACGGCGUUCCGUUCCCUCAAUGUUUUAUGGAGAAAUGCCUGCACAUUUGGAAGAGGAAAUUUUAGCAGAACAAAUAUUACAAUCCGCAGUUAUUCCCUUGCUAGCACAUCAUUUAAGCAAUGAUUCGGUUCUCUUCGAGUUAACAGCAGGAUUGGCAGGAAUCCCGGCAAUAUUACCCCAUUUAGUCAAACAAGAAGAAAAAUCUAACGGAAAAUCUAUCGCCAAAGAAUUAAUUCCCCAAUUUCGAGAUAAUAUGAACAAUUACCCAAUGUUGGUGAGAGGAAUAACGGAAGCAGAUAUUUCUUUUAUGGAUUUUAUAAGAAAAGUUAAUGAUUUCUCUGAGGUAAUCCUUCGAAUGUCUCGCCAAUACGAGAAACAACUUCCAACAGAAAAACGAGUAAAAACUUCCUGUGCUCCCCGCCACUUUUUAAGAGUAAAAAACGGGCAGCAAAACGCCGCAGCUUUUCAGCGUCGUCGGCGUUCUCUAUUUCCUUCAAAUUUAACGACAAAUACAACAAUAGAACGAAAUUCUAAUUCUUUUGCAAAUAUUGCUGAACUUGGAAAAUUAAAUAAUGACAAUUCUGAAGAAUCCUCCCCAUCAUCUCCGUUACACAAAACAGCUUCUCAUACAGGACUGUCUGAGGGAGUGGGGAAAAAUGGAGGUGGGGGAGGAGGAGGAGAUUUUCAUUCAGCCAGAUUAAAAUCGAGUAGAGGCAUUAGACCAAUGACUAGACACAUGGAUAGAGAAGAAAUCGCCAGAAUUGAUGCCCAAUCACCUCUACAACAAUAUAAGGAAUUGUUGAGAGAAUUGCAAAUGAGUACUUGGAAAUUGAUUAAUGAUGCGGGUAAACCAGUCUAUGGAUUUAGCUUCAAAAAAGAGCUUCGUUCUGUCAAUCCUUUCUCGCCUACGCACAAGGAUAGAACUAAAAGGAUUGCAAAGUAA